AUGGACGUGAUGAAGAGCCUCCAACAUGACGUUGACGCUGUCGUGGCCACCCAUUAUUCCGUGCAAAACGCUCAUGUCAAAGGUCCAAGCACUUCCGUCCUAGCCCAAUCGCUCGACGCUUCUGAAGCAAUGCCUGGGAAACGCAGCCGCGUCCCGAGUUCGAACGCUGUGACGGAAGACCUCCCGUACGACCACGAUUGGCCAGGUCACGACAACGACCUACGUGAUGGAACACUGGACGGCCACAGCCAGCUCCACUUGUACCCCGGUGACCCGACCGAAGAUUCAGAGCUGAACCAGGCAUCGCCUCUGCGGCGAUCCACCGGUCGCGUCGACGCCGUGUGGACGCAAUUUUUCAUGAAUGCUGCUGCAGCAGCCUCUGCGAAAAUCGAUGGACGUCAACAACUUGCCACUCGUGGACUCAUGCAGGCCGUACUGGACGCUGACAUUGACGACGUUCAAGCGCGUCUUACGGCUGGCCAGUCGCCCAACCAACGCGACGGGCUCCAGCGCACAUCACUGCACCUGGCGGCCGAUCGAGGGGAUACCGCGAUGCUGGCGUUGCUGUGCGACUUUAUGGGCGACAUCGAAGCCCGCGAUGCCAAAGGCAACACACCUCUGCACAUUGCUUGCUUUCGCGGCCACGUGGGAUGUGUUAAAUUCUUGCUGGAAUCAGCCUCGGACGUCCACGUCGCCAAUCAAGACGGCGAAUCCGUCGUCCAUGCAGCUGCAAGCGGAGGCAAUCUACCCUGCCUUCGAUUCGUGCUCGAGUACGGAGCAUCACCAUUCGAUCGCAACAAGAAUGGCGACACUGCGUACGACAUUCUACUCGAACGCGACGGCCCCGUCGCCCACUUGCUGGAUUGCCUUCAAGAAGCCAUGGCCCCGAAACAUCCCAAGGCGUUGCGGGGCACGUCUGUUCCAGUAUGA